CGUAUUCGAGUCCCGUAUGUGAAUUCCCGUUCUAUGGCAUCUGCAGAUCCGUUUCAAGCUCCCUACGUCGUCAAUGUCGACCCACCCGGCUUACCAAAGACUGUAACCAGACUGACGACAGAAUUCGGCUCGUUCGUCUAUCUGGUUGGGACGGCACACUUUAGCAGAGAAAGCUGUGAAGACGUAGCCACCACUAUUGAUUUGGUCAGACCAAAUGUCGUCCUGUUAGAGUUGUGUACAGCAAGAACGGGCGUCGUUGCAUUGGAUGAGAGUGAGAUGCUCGAGGAGGCGAAAACAAUGAAUUUACAGAAAUUAAGAAGCAAUAUUCAGGCACACGGAUUUACCAGUGGAAUUGUGUCGUCGUUGUUACUCUUGUUGACAGCACAUAUAACCAAAGAGCUAGGAAUGGCACCUGGAGGAGAAUUCAGAACAGCAUACAAACAUGCUUGUGGUAUUGCUGGUUGUAGGAUUGUCUGCGGUGACAGACCCAUUCAGAUUACAUUGACACGGAUAAUAAGAGCAAUGUCGCUAUGGCAAAAAUGCAAAUUUGGUUGGUACCUCUUGACUUGUCGUGAUCCAAUCAGCAAAGAAGAUGUUGAAAAGUGUAAAGACAAGGACCUGCUUCAACAGUUACUUGAGCAGUUUGCUGGCGAAUACCCCGAAGUAACCGAAGUUCUUGUCAAUGAACGAGACCAGUAUCUCGUACACUCUCUGAGAAAGGCAGCCCAACCCGUUCACUCCAGACUUAUUGGAGGUCCGGAACCAAUUGUAGUGGUCGGAGUUGUUGGAAUGGGUCACGUGCUUGGGAUAGUCAGUAACUGGGAUAAGAAAAUUGAUAUCAAAUCUCUUGUCAGCAUCCCGAAACCUUCGGUUGUUGGACGUGUCAUCUCUGUGGGUAUAAAGAUUGGAUUUUAUGGACUCUGUAUCUACGGGGUGUACCGACUCGGCAAGACUUGGAAGCUGAUAUAGGCAAUAGGAUUGUGACACGUUGACAUCGAUUGAAUAGAUGGUAACAACAGACUAGAAAGAGUCAACAUGCACAUGUUGUUAAUUAAGAAUUUCAUAAGGUAUGACUUUCAUCAUGUCUCGUACAAUUAGCAUGUAAUAUUGGAUGGCAACCCAGUAGAGUCAGAACUGUAGAACACUGGCACAAACUUUGGUCUUGUACUCAAAGUGUAGACUCUCAGCAAAUC